AUGGUUCCUGCAGAUCUUCUGUUACUUCUAUUGAUUCGUUUGUUGUUGGUCGUAAACGUUGAUUUUGCUAACUCAAGAGAGUUUCAGUUUCAAAAACACAGUUAUGAUUUGCCUUCACCAACUACUGGUUGUGUUAUAAACUGCACAAAUUGUCCAUAUCCAUGCCAAACUCUCCCACCACCGCCGCCAGAUUCUGGUGGUUACCCUCUAUAUGGAACUCCACCUCCACCUUCUCCAGAUUCCGGUUACCCUUCAUACGGAGCUCCACCACCACCUUCACCACGAUCACCACCAGCUCGAGGCGGUUGCCCCCCAGUUCCUGUUCAGUGCUGCCAUCACCCACCUCCUUCACCUCCAAAUACUUACACUUAUAUUCCCAACGAGAACUUUUCCCCUUGCCCUUAUUUGCCUCUCUCUUUCUUUUCAUUAGUGACCUUGGUACUGCCUUUUGCUGUCUUGUUCUGGGUUCGUAUCCCAUAA